AUGCCUUCUAUCGCUUCUUCCAACGGCGUUCAGUCUGCCAACGACAACAUCACCCGCUUCAACCCUCCUUCCCGCCUCCUCACCCCCCUCGAACAACACACUCUCUUCCACCCCAAGACACGAUGCUUUGUCUACGGUAUGCAACCCCGCGCCGUGCAGGGUAUGCUCGACUUCGACUUCAUCUGCAAGCGUAGCACUCCCUCCGUUGCCGGUAUCAUCUACACCUUCGGUGGUCAGUUCGUCAGCAAAAUGUACUGGGGAACCAGCGAGACCCUGCUCCCUGUCUACCAGGAUGUCGAAAAGGCUUUCGCCAAGCACAGCGAUGUCGACACAGUCGUCAACUUCGCUUCCUCCCGAUCCGUCUACAGCUCUACCAUGGAACUGAUGGAGCUUCCUCAAGUCAGAACCAUUGCCAUCAUUGCUGAGGGUGUCCCUGAGCGAAGAGCACGUGAGAUCUUGGUCGUCGCCAAGGAGAAGGGUAUCACUAUUAUUGGACCUGCCACCGUGGGUGGUAUCAAGCCCGGUGCGUUCAAGAUCGGUAACACUGGUGGUAUGAUGGACAACAUCGUUGCCUCCAAACUUUACCGCAAGGGUUCCGUCGGUUACGUUUCCAAGUCUGGUGGUAUGUCCAACGAGUUGAACAACAUUGUCUGCCAAAACGCCGACGGUGUUCACGAGGGUGUUGCCAUUGGUGGUGACCGUUACCCCGGUACCACCUUCAUUGACCACCUUCUCCGUUACCAGGCCGACCCCGAGUGCAAGAUUUUGUUGUUGCUUGGUGAAGUCGGUGGUGUUGAGGAGUACCGUGUGAUUGAGGCUGUCAAGAACGGCACCAUCACCAAGCCUAUUGUCGCUUGGGCCAUCGGUACUUGCGCCAGCAUGUUCAAGACCGAGGUCCAAUUCGGUCACGCCGGUGCCUCUGCCAACUCCCAGCUCGAGACCGCUGUUGAGAAGAACAAGCACAUGAAGGCUGCUGGCUUCUACGUUCCCGAUACAUUCGAAGAGCUUCCCCAAGUCUUGAACAGCGUCUACAACAAGCUCGUUGCUGACGGCACCAUCGCCACCUUUAAAGAGCCCGUCAUUCCCAAGAUCCCCAUGGACUACUCUUGGGCCCAGGAGUUGGGUCUUAUCCGUAAGCCCGCUGCUUUCAUUUCCACCAUCUCCGAUGACCGUGGUCAGGAGCUUUUGUACGCCGGUCUCCCCAUCUCUGAUGUCUUCCGUGAGGACAUUGGUAUCGGUGGUGUCAUGUCUCUCCUCUGGUUCCGUCGCCGCUUGCCUCCUUAUGCCAGCAAGUUCUUGGAGAUGGUUCUCAUGUUGACUGCUGACCACGGUCCUGCCGUCUCUGGUGCCAUGAACACCAUCAUCACUACCCGUGCUGGUAAGGAUUUGAUCAGUGCUUUGGUCUCUGGUCUUCUCACCAUCGGUUCUCGUUUCGGUGGUGCUCUUGACGGUGCUGCCGAGGAAUUCACCAAGGCUUUCGACAAGGGCAUGAGCCCCCGUGAGUUCGUCGACACCAUGCGCAAGGAGAACAAGCUCAUUCCCGGUAUUGGUCACAAGGUCAAGUCCCGCAACAACCCCGAUCUCCGUGUCGAGUUGGUCAAGGAGUACGUUACCAAGCACUUCCCCACCCACAAGCUCCUCGACUACGCCAUUGCUGUCGAGACCGUCACAACCUCCAAGAAGGACAACCUUAUUCUCAACGUUGACGGAUGUGUUGCUGUUUGCUUCGUCGACUUGCUCCGCAACUCUGGUGCUUUCUCCACCGAAGAGGCCGAGGACUACCUCCGCAUGGGUGUCUUGAACGGUCUCUUCGUCCUCGGACGUAGCAUUGGUCUUAUUGCUCACUACCUCGACCAGAAGAGACUGCGCACUGGCUUGUACCGUCACCCCUGGGACGAUAUUACCUACCUCCUCCCCAACGUCUCGAAGGGCGCUCCAGGUGCUGAAGGUCGUGUCGAGGUCAGCCUCUAA